CACGCUCUGACGCUGCACUUCAUUGUAUCCUCAGCGAGUGUAUUAGUGUGUGUAGACGGUCCUGCUGGCUUGUAGCAUCCUCGGAACUGCAUCAGUGAAUUUCGACUAGGCUCAUUUCUUCCCAAGAAAACCUUGCCACAGGGGUCGACAGAAAAGUAAACGUUUGACUGAUAGCGUCUCUGUCCGCACAUAACCCACUCUGAAGAAGAGCGCAAAGCCCCAUUAACUUCGCACUCUUUCAAGACAAAAUGGGAGCGAAAAACAGCAAGCUGACCCCAGAGGUGAUGGAGGAUCUGGUGAAGAGCACGGAAUUUAACGAGCACGAGCUGAAACAGUGGUACAAAGGCUUCCUGAAAGACUGCCCCAGUGGACGACUCAAUCUAGACGAGUUCCAACAACUCUACGUGAAGUUUUUCCCCUACGGAGAUGCUUCAAAGUUUGCCCAGCAUGCAUUCAGGACCUUUGAUAAGAACGGGGACGGCACCAUCGAUUUCAGAGAGUUCAUCUGUGCCCUGUCUAUCACAUCUCGAGGCAGCUUCGAACAGAAACUCAACUGGGCCUUCAACAUGUACGACCUGGAUGGAGAUGGCAAGAUCACACGAGUGGAGAUGCUGGAGAUCAUUGAGGCCAUCUACAAGAUGGUGGGGACUGUGAUCAUGAUGAAGAUGAAUGAGGACGGCCUGACGCCCGAGCAGCGAGUGGACAAGAUCUUCAGCAAGAUGGACAAGAACAACGACGACCAGAUAUCACUGGACGAGUUCAAAGAGGCAGCAAAGAGCGACCCUUCCAUUGUAUUACUCCUGCAGUGUGACCUGCAGAAAUAGAGGAGAGGGGAGCUUGAGAACCGCCACAGACUGCACAGAAGAUUCAUGUUCCAUUCAGUUUGCAGCUAUUUCCACUGAAAAAAAUAUGCUUGGACUACCUUUCAAUGGAUCCGCUUCUUGAUGUUUGAAACACUUGUGUGCAUGAGAAUGUUAUUUGCUAGGAACAAUUUAUACGUACAUAUACACACACAUAACGAGCUACACACACCCCACAAGAUACAAACAAACCACACACUCACUACAUAUUCACACCACGCACAAAUAUAUAGAUAUAUAAAUAUUAUAUUUCAAUUAUUUAAAAUCAACUGCCAAAAUGUGAAGUGUGCAAAGUAUUUUCCAUACACUCAUUCCACUGGAGCAUCAGUGAUGUGCUAUGUUGAAUUACGCUACAAUUUAUUGUUCUGAGUUUACUGACGCUAGCUACGUGUUUCAUAUAUUGAGUAAUGUCAACCAAAUCAAAUUCCUAUGGUAACGUAACUGACGCUAGCUACGUGUUUCAUAUAUUGAGUAAUGUCAACCAAAUCAAAUUCCUAUGGUAACGUAACUGUUUCUGAUAAACCAAGUAUCUAUUCUUAUAAAAGAUUAGAUUUGGAUAGAUAAAGAGAUGGAUUAGUAGCCUAUUCAUCACAAACGUUUCCUUCCAAAUGUGCUUGUACUGUUGGUGAAUAUAAAUGUAGUUCAUUUGCAUGCCUUUAGGUUUUGCCUUAAAAAUAAUCUCCUUAUUUUGCAUCCUAUAAGAAUAUUGAAGACAAAGCCUAUCAACGAAAUGCCGUUAAACAUCAAAUAUUUGAAUAUGUAAAGCAUAUUACAGUAUAGGUCACAAGUAUUGAUGAAUGGGGUGGAUUGUUUGUGAUUUGUCAAGACAUUAUUUUUGUGGGAGSAUGUUCCCUGUAGAUAAUAAUAGUUCAUAAUAAUAAUAGUAAACAUACCCCUAUUUAAAAUCUACCAUCUCAUGAGCCCAUUUUGAAUGAGGAGAUAUUGAAUGUGGCAUAUUUAACGACAAAACCAAAAGUCUGUACGAAUACAAGAAAAAUAUUUGGCUGAAUUGGACCGAAAGAAAUUAAAUACAUUGAAAUAAAACCACCACAUCAGUAUUGUCGGGGGAAGUAUAGCCUAUGAUGCAUAACUAAUGAGAGGCAAUGUAACAUAUAUCUGAAAAUUAGCUCAGCCCAAUAACAAUAUAGAGGUUUCAAGUGUAUUUUAUCCUACAUAUUAUUGCUCCAUUUAGUUUUGGUCUAUGUCAUCACACCAUCUCUUCAAUGAAGAUACAGGUUGCAUAUCAAUGUGCUGAAUUCAAUUAAGUUCCUGUCAUGAGUUUAUUAAUACCACCAAUAGAUAUAAAGAGGAAAUUAUCUGAGACCAGUG